UCACAUAAAGGUAGCAAUUUCACUUCUUUGAUGGAUUUGUUAGCAUUCGGCACUACAGUAUGUCUUCUGCUUUCAUAAUUGAUGGUGUUCUUGGAAAUUUUAUAAUCUAAUCUACUUUCUUCCUUUUUUCUUCUAGAUCACAUUAGAAAAAUGAAAAAUCAAUCAAGCAAAACCACUUUUUUGGAUGCCACAACUUUUCAAAAUGAUCUGUAUUGUCAUUUCCACAAAAAAUACUCGAUGAAUACUGAUCAUCAUCAAUCCUGCUGUCGUUAGUCUUUUUUCAUUUCAUUUCCCAAAAACUAAAACAAAAGAAACCAAAAAUUGUUCCUGAGAGAUGGCCUAUGCUGCUCUUGUCUCCCUCACAAACACCAUAGACCAAUUCCUAAACAGCAAUCUACAUUCCAUCUCUGUUGAAGAAAAACAACAAAUUACAUCUCUCCUUGAGUAUGUUACUCCCUUCCAAGACUUCCUCGACAAAUUUCCAGACAAGUUCAAGAUUUUGGAAGAGCGAAUGAGGAAAGUGGCAAAUGAAGCAGAAGAUAUCUUAGAAUAUCUUGUGCUGGAAAAGGUUUUCUUGUCUUCUGAUGAAGAGCCCGAGUCCCAUAAACUCGACUGGGGCACUGUCAUCAAGGAUACUAGUUUGAAGUACAAAAAAAUGUUGAAGGAGUGUGGCCAAGAUUUUCUUGGCGACGAAGCUACAGACAACAACAGUUUGAAAGGCCGAAUUCGCAACAUAGUAAUUGAAGGACAAAAAAUCAACAGCUUCUUAAAGUGGGAGAGAAAUCACAUUCGUUUCAGAGACAAGUGGAGAUUUUUACCAGCCGAGUUCGCUAUGUUCAAGUCCAGACUCCACUUCAUAAACCACUUGAAAAAGAUGGGAAGCGAAAUUGACUCGAUCAUGGCGGAGGCAACUGCCGUGAAGAAUAACAAGAGCGACAAGGCUGCUUCCUCAUCUGGACUUGCACCGCCGGACAGGGUUAGUGAUGAUGAGAAGCAGGAGGAAGAGGAGACUGAAUACUAUCGAAGUUCAAAACACGAACUCCAGAUGGAAAGGGUGAUGGGGGAGAUUGCUUUGAUUGCUGCACAAGUGAAGGAAAUCAAGGAUAGCUCCAGCAGCAAAGACGUUGAACGCGGUGGUGAUGAUAUUUCUGCUGCUCCUAGUUCAUCAUCAACUGAUCCAUCCAUCCACAAAGAUUCCAUGGUUGGUUUUGAAGAUUAUGUGUUAGACGUGAAGGAUCGCCUCUGUGGAGAGCCAUCCCGACUCCAAGUCAUCCCAAUCUGUGGUAUGGGUGGCAUCGGCAAAACUACUCUUGCCAGGAACGUUUAUGAUGAUCCAUUAACGGUGGGCCAUUUUGUGAUUCGUGUUUGGGUCACAAUAUCACAAGAUUACAGUGCACAGAGAAUUCUUUCUAGCCUUCUGGAGUCCUUGAAAGAAUACAACACUGGUAGAUUGGGACAAAGUGAUGAUGAAAAAGUGCACAAAAUUUUAAUGGGGAGGAGAUAUUUAGUUGUGAUGGAUGAUAUGUGGAGUGGUGAGGCAUGGGAUCUUGUUAGAAGGGUAUUUCCUGAUGAUGGCAACGGAAGCCGUGUUGUGCUAACCACGAGGUUGUUUGAGGUGGCUUCUUAUCCGGAUCCUUCGAACAGGCUUCAUGAGAUAAGCCUGUUGAAUGCAGAGCAGAGCUGGAAUUUGUUGAAGCAUAAGGUGUUUGCAGAUGAAGAAUGUCCUUCCAAUUUAGAAACUAUUGGGGAGGAGAUUGCGACAAGCUGCAAAGGAUUGCCCCUCGCGAUUGUGGUGAUUGCGGGGCUUCUAUCCACAGUUAGUAAGAAUCCAUCUUCAUGGCAGGAGAUUGCAGAAAAGGUGAAGUCUGCAAAAACUACAGAGCAUGACCAAAUCGAGGAGAUACUAUCUUUGAGCUAUGUCGAAUUACCUCAAUAUUUGAGGCCAUGUUUCUUGUACAUGGCUACCUUUCCGGAAGAUGAUGAGAUCCAUGCAAAGAAACUUAUCAGAUUAUGGGUAGCUGAGGGCUUUGUGAAAUAUCCAAGCAACUCUGAAAGCUUUGAAAAGGUGGGAGAAGAGUGUUUAGAUGAACUCAUGAAGAGAAAUCUUGUUUUGGUCAAAAAGAGGAAGUCUGAUAACAGAAUCAAAAGCUGCAGCCUCCAUGAUCUGAUGAGGGACUUGUGCAUAAGAAAAGCGCAUGAAAGUCAGUUUUUCUUGAAUCUGAUGGAUAAGAAUGUUGAAAAGGAACAUUUUGAAGAAAGGAUAAAGAAUCAGCGCCGCGUAAGCCUUGAUUCUUCUCAUCUAAGAUACCUUUCAGACGAUGAUGAUUCAACCAUUCAUUCCAUCAGAUGCUCGAAAUAUCGUUUAGUGAAACUGAACUUUGUCAAGGGUGUGAGGUUGCUGAGGGUGUUGGAUACGGUACCUGCUGACGUGGAGAGCUCACCAUCAGUGCAUCAACUAUGUGAGUUAUUUCAUUUAAGAUAUCUUUCUAUUAAGUAUAUGGAAUCUAUUCCUACGGGAUUAUCGAUGCUUAAGAAUCUGCAAACCUUAAUCAUUGAUAGAGAAAGGCGAGAAAAAUUCUUAGUUGGAGUAGUUUGUAAUCUUGUGUUGGGUUGGGACACGCCACAAUUAAGACAUGUUCACUUUCACGGGACAAUCUUUUUUGAGGAUCCAAAUGAAACAACUCUCUCUCUAGAAAGCCUACAAACACUUUCCCAUGUAUCGCAUUCGAGUUGCACUAAAAGGAUCUUGAAGAAGAUCCCAAACCUUAAAAAGUUGAAGAUUGAUUGUUCUUGGGGUCAUCAUGAAGAUGCAGCUUGUUUGAAUGAUCUGGUACAUCUACACCAGCUCGAGAAUUUGGAAGUAUAUGCUGGUGGAAAGUUUGGAUCUCGGCCAAAGCACUACAAGAUUUCUUAUCCUAGCAUGCUGAAAAAGUUGAGUUUGAUUGAUUUGAGCCUUCCUUGGAGCCACAUGAUUGUUGUUGGUUCAUUGCCAAAUCUACAAGUACUUAAACUAAAAAGUUGUACCUGGGUCGAUGGUGAUACAUGGGAAACAAUCGAAGGAGCAUUCCCAGCGUUGGAAGUUCUUCUAAUUGGAGGUUCAGGGUUGGAGAAUUGGAUAACUGAAAGUAGUCAUUUCCCCAAACUCAAACGGCUACUGCUUCGUUCUUGUUGGGAUCUCAAUGGGAUUCCAAAAGAUAUUGGAGACAUUUCAACUCUUGAACUCAUUGAGGUUACUGGAAAAGUGAAAGAGUCUCUAAUGGAGUCGGUUGAAUUGAUACGAGAGGAGCAAGAAGAAUAUGGAAACAACAUUCAAGUUGUCUGCAGUGCUAAGUCCUAAAGAUGUGGAUUUGGAUAAGCCGGUGUUAUGUGUGUUUUGUUGGCCGAUCAUCGGGUUUCAAGCUUUUAGAGUUUUGAGUCGAUGAUGACGAUGACAAAAACAUGAUGAUGUAUCUUUCUCAUGAUUCAGAUUGAAAAAGAAAAGAGGAUGGGAAUGUGUUCUCAUAUUGAAGAGGUCCUCUUAAGCAAUGAAGUUUGGAACUUGUUUUGAUUUGUCAGAAGUUUGUUUCGCAUGUGAGUGAUGAUGUUUUGAAGAGUGAUAACAUUGUGUGCUUUAUCAUGUGUGUAUAUGUCUAUGUUUUUAUGAAGAAUGUUGAUAUUUCAUAGUUUCUUUUU